AUGCCCCCCUCCACAGAACCCUUCCCUUUCCCGCGAGAAUAUCACUUCCCGCCCUUCUUCACGCGGCAGACGAACCUGACGACGCACCACGCGCAGCUGACAAAGUGGUCCGCCCUGGUGCUGGCAUACUGCCGCCACCACCGCAUCUUCAAGCUGCCGCUGACCACAGCCGCGGCGGUAUCAGCAGCAGCAUCAUCAUCAUCCAGCACAGACCCGCAGCAAUCCCAAGCCCCGUCCUCGUCACCGGCGACGGACGACCUCUUCCACAACAAAGCCCUGAACCGGCGACUGUCCCCGGCCGACGUGCGCGAGGUGAUCGACUUUAUGUGCAAGGAGGGCCGGGCCGAGUACUGCAGCUCCGGCGGGGGCGGCUCGACGGCCGCGGCCGCCGCGGCGGGCGGGGACGUGGCGUGGAUCUUUUGGCGCUCGCCCGAGGAGUGGGCGCAGCUCAUCGAGGGCUGGGUCGACGAGACGGCGCAAAAGGGCUCCGUGCUGACGCUCUACGAGCUCGUCGAGGGCGACGGCACCCUCGGCACCGACAUCCACGGCAUCGACAGGGACAUGCUGCACAGGGCCCUGCAGGUGCUCGUCAAGCGCGGCAAGGCGCAGAUCUUUGGGCAGGAGGAUUCGCAGGGUGUCAAGUUUUUUUGA